CUGAGGUGUGGGAUCUCAUAACUCUCACACAUGGUGGACCAAUCAGCAGAGGCUGCGGGGGCAGAAAGCCGGUAGGUUACAGAGUGAAGCCCACAUGACACAGAAAGAUCAGAGGGACGGGGAGGCAGGAAACUUCUCCCUCUUCUUCUUCUCCUUCUCCUUCUUCUUCUGUGUUUCUUUCCAGGCUACACCGGAGAGGACUCACCUGAACCUGAGACAGGAAACAGACGGCGGAUCAUCCUCCUCAGGUAAAGCUCUGUGACGGUGCAGAGUUUCACUCUGAUGCAACUUUAAAGCUCUCGGUCAGUCUGACUCUUUCUGUGUGAGGUGUUUCUUUCUCUGGAUAGAGAGAGGAGAGGAGAGGAGGGAGAGAGGUGCAGCAGAUGGGAAGUGGAGUUAGAGAUGCAUCAUGGGAAAUAUGGAGUUGUUUAUGGAGAUUAGUAUUCAGUAUGAGUUUGUAGACGUCGAUGUUUUGGUGUAAGAUGUCCUGGUUUGGUCUCCUUAUCGCAGGUUUGGUGUGUUUUUGUGUUUCCAAGUGGAUCCGUCAGUGUUUCUCAUCCUGCAGCUCUCAAACAAGACUCAGCCUGUGUGUGAACUUCAGGACAAGUGUCGGUCUGUGUGUGUGUGUGUGUGUGUGCAGUGUGUGUGUGUUUUGAUCCCUCCAGUGUUGGCUGUCAACAUGGCGGGUUUUGAGGAAGAGAGACUCAGACAGCUGGCCGGCCUCAGUGGAAAGCAUGCGGCUGUUUCUCUGCGUGCCAAAUCUCUGCAAGCUAUUUAUACUCACCUUUGCCAGGCUCACCACUGGUGUCUUUUCAUUCACGCCCCGCCGACGCAAAUGCCAUCGCAUCAAAAUGACAUCCAAUUACUGACCGGCUGGGAUCACUUUGGCCUGAAAGUUAAAGAAAUUUUGCUUCAAAUCUCUUUAAACUAAACGACAGAAUAUCCUGCAGACUGAAUUUAUCACAGACUCUCCAUUUAAGACCAAAACAGUCUUUCUCUGGUCAGGUAUCUGAAAACUGACAAUCACAAACACACCAACACAACUUCUUAAACUUAAACAAAUAAACAAACAUCCAUUUCUAAUAAUAAUGUCCAAAAACAUGAUUUAUAAUCAGCCCAGAAUGUGUCCAGAGAAGACGUUUAGUUUUAAAGGGAUAUUCCAGUGUAAAUUCAAUUUAGGGUCAAACACAACUCACCUACUCUCUUCCAGCAGCCGCUUGUUUGUAGCGAGACUUCAGGCCAGUCCAUUACAGACUACAGCGGGGUGCCGCAGCUCAAGGAAGAACAUUUAUGAUCAUUUCUUUAUCAUUUCCUUGAAGAAAUAAUCACCAUAUUAAUCAUUUUGCACUGCAGACACGGUAGUUCUUCUGUCUUAGCGUCUCGGUCUGAUUGUAUUUCCAUGAAGAAAUACAUAUCAUGAUAAACUCAGGCUUUUAUUUUGAUAAGUUCCUGUUUGACUAUGAGGUUGCGUUUGUGAAACUAUGCUUUUAUUUUGAAAAGUACAACUAGACUGUAAGUUACAGAACUAAAUGAAAACAGUUAGUAUGAAUAAAUGUAAAUUUAAUUGUCCCGCCCACACACUGUAUUCACUACAUAAUUCACUAUAUUCACUUCAUUAUAAAUGUGUUAACUUCUCCUCUAUAACAGGCUUGUAUUGGUCUCUGGUGCUUCUACAGACAGCCUCUAGUGGACACUCGGGAAACUACAGCUUUUAACACUCGCACACCAGCUUCAUCUCUCAGGACCAGAGGUGGCACUGUCCCCUUCUCUUUGAAAUGUGAUUGGCCACCUCAAACUCCUGGGCUGUGAUUGGCUGUUUACCUUGUCAGAGGGGGGCUCAGGUGAAGACAAGUCGUGUUCUGGCGUUUCCUUUAGUUCCUGAAUUUGGGCAAAAAUCUUGAAGAAUCAGUGUAGAUGAUUUUUGGAAUAUUACAUCUGUAUGAUACUGUGGUGUUUGGUGGAUUAUGUACAUGUUGAUUCCACUAAUUCUGCUGAAUUUUAUCUGCUGUGUUUUUACAUCAACUUACCCAAACUUCUUGUGGGGGCCCGCAGAAAAGUCCAGUCAAAAUUUAGCCAUUUGGGUUCACACUCAUUGUCAGAAUAUAUAGAUAUUUCUGUCGGCCUCAGCUGUUAAGAGUAAGUUUUGUUGACUCAUGUUAUAUUUUAUGAGGUUUGCAGAAUGAGUUCAGGACCAAACUAAUAACUCAGACUUUUUAAUAGUGCUUUAUCUUUUUUUCAUCCUAAGCAAAACCGUCACAUUAAAUGUAAAUGGUCUCCUCUGUUUCUAAGUGUCUUACAUUUUAAUAUUUGAAUAUACUCCAAUGAAUUUUGUCUGUCCUCUCCUGCAGUCCUCACAUCAUUGAUGCAAACAGACAGUGACAGAGACAUGGCCAUUCCCCGGAUGUUUAACUCAAACACGCCUUUCAUCAUCGUCACCGGAGGCUCUGAACUCACGUUUCUGGGCAAAGAGGACGACAGCGAAGGGUGCGAGGAGGAGAAGGACUCGCUGGUUCAGGCCAUCGCCCCCCAUCUGAGCCGGGUGAUGCAACACGGCACCGCCAAACACGUGGUGACCAAAGGGGAAGAGGAGUCUGAGGAGAACCCCUGUGUGUCCAUCGUCGCCCAGGCAGAGAGUAAGAGAGAGAGGGAUGGGAUCAUGGGAGCAGAGACUGUGGGUUUAUUUCAGUAAUUGAUCAGUUUGAUCAUUUUCUCUGUUUCAGGUGAAGACUUUCAGGAGUUCAGUCCUACAAAAACACGGUGUCCUUACUCAAGAUGUCAGCAGCUCAAAAAGCAAAGGUACGAUGGGACGCUGGGCCACAUGUUUACUAUUAACAGGAUAUGAUGAUUCUCAAACCAUUUAAAGGCAAAGUUAUAUAAAAAUACUGCAAAGACAACAUGUACAAUUUUAAAGAAGUCCAGAAAAGUCUCUGUUGUUCCUGGAUCAUGUUUCUGUCUGGUGUCCUCUUUACAUACUUCAGUUUAAACCUCAUUUGUGGAUGAAGUGAUGAUCUGUGUUCUCAGACGAUGCAGUGAUUCCCACUACAGAGCAGACCUGCCAACACUCCUGUUGUUCCCCGGACUCUCCCAUAUCUCAGACCUUUCUCCCACCACCUCCUGUAUUGUCAUUUCUCCCAUAGGGAAUCUCCUGUAGUUUGAUGGUCCACGUUCACUCAUGAAUCGGAUCACUAUAUUUAUCCAAAGUUUCUAGACAACUGAAGAUUGUCGUGUGUUUCUGCUGAGCCUCACAGACACUGGAUUAAUACUUUUACCUUACAGUUUGGGAUGAUUCAGGUCGGUUUAAGCUGUAAACUAUAUUUAAACAGUGUAGUGACUCUUUUCCUUCAUCAAAAAGGCGGCUGAGGUUUAGGUUCGGUUGCAUCUGUGACUCGUUUGAAUGAUCAGUCCGGUUUGAGUGUUAGAAAAUGAUUUAUUGUUCAAAAAAGGAAAGAAAACAAGCUGAUCCUGAAACAAUGAAAAACAAUGUGAAACGGUCAUCAGAAAAAGAUCAGAGCUUGCCACGACCCGUUGUCUGACUACACCUGUGACAUUUAAAUAACCCGCCAAAAGCACACCCCUCAGUGACGAUCCCCAGAAGUGACAUACCUGUAGAAAUCAAACCUUCAACAAAUAUAUUUUGGCUCUUAAAAACAGUGUUUGUUGUAAAAUGAACACUUUGAUGAAAGGGAACAAAUGCGAGAUAUAAUAUUUACAUUGACAGUCUUUCACCGUCUGGGAGUGAUGCGUUCAGGGCAGCCUCAGAUAAAAGAGUGCUGUAUUUCACAUACAGAUGUUCGGAGAGCAUGUAAAACACAUGAGGACUUUAACACUAAUAUUAGUGGACUAAAUAAAUUCAAGGCUUAUCGUAGCUCUUAUUUUUUUAUUACCAUUUGUUAUUGUUAAAACAGAAAAGUGUGCAGCUUCACUUAGACUUAUUUGGAUGAGUAAUCUAACUACAAACACUCUCAUAAUCAGCUCAUAUACCAUACAAGGUAACCCCAAAACUGCCUUACACGCCGCAAAAAUCUCCCGUAUUUUAUAACCUAAAUGUCGGCAGGUAUCCUCCAGAGUCAAAUCUGUUUUAAAGUCAGUGCUGCCUCAGGACGUUGGUUUCUCUCAGUCUUUUAAUGAUAACGUGUUCUGCACACAGAGACUCAAACCUCACCGACUUUAAUCUGUUUGCAUACUGAACACACUCUGUCAUCGAUCAUUUCCAGGUUCCUCAGUAAAGAGACGUCUCCCAUGUGUGACUCUGAGGAGGAGGAGGAGGACUUGGACACGGCUGCCAAACUCCCACACCACCACCUUCAGAGGAAACAGCGCAGGAAAUCCAGGAGACUGGACCAGGAGGAAGGGGAAGCGCCUCCGAUUAUCCGAGGUCUGUGGGUGCAGGAGAUCGAUUGGCUGAAACUCCCUGAGAUCAUCCCGCCUCCUCCUGAGUUUACGGACUCCUGCAGCCAUGGAGACGUGUUGGGGGACGUGUCUUUAUCAGAGGAGCGGGACGGAUCAGGAUCCACAGAGGACACCGAUGAUGUCAGAGGAGGUUCAGACUCUGACUGCAGCCUGGAGCAGGACUCUGAGUCCGUCCAUACUCAUGAAAGUGAGUCAGACUCGUCCUGCGGCGCAGACGACAACGACGACACACACGCCGUGGACAGUUUUACAGAAGAGGCCAGAAACUCAAACUUGACCUUUGACCUCAUGAACGUGUCUGGCUUUAACUCCUGCUCCCAUACAGAGUGGGAUUCUGACUCCUUAGGGCGUGUGCAAAGCCUGCUGGGAAUGUCAGACUCCACAGACUCGCCCAGCCCUGUGAAUAUUUCCCAGAAUGCCUUUGGAUUGAGUGACAUGAGUGGCAGUGGCACAGUUUUGGAUUUCCUCAGAGGCAGAGUGACACAGAUGCCGAAGCUCUCGGUCUCACCUUUCUUCAUGGAUUUGAUUAAACAGACUCUGAACGGCUGGAGGACGAGCAAACCAGGAAACGAGGGACUUCUCUUUCAUCAUGUAAGGAUUUGACAUCUGGACGUCAAACAACCCUGAACGUUUCCUUUAACAGUAAACUACGACUACAACAUCCACUGACCUUUAUGAUCUUCAGUAUCUCACCUUUAAACCAGAAGUAUUUAAAGAAUUAAUGAAGCAGGUUAGAGUAAGAAACAAGCAGACUGUGAGGACGUCUUAUUCCUAAUGUACCUUAUCCUGCAUUUCCCAAAACACCUUAAAUAUGGCAUUUGAUAAAUCGGAAGUAUACGAAACUUCCCUUUAAAAUUCAGGGUCAGGCACAGCAGAGGAUAAGGUAUUUAUCAUUAAAAUUUCAAAAUUAUAGACAGAACUUUAUAAAGAAAAUAGAGUUGAAAUGUUAGAAAUAGUGUGUAAGAAAAAGACAAACAUUUACGCAAAUAAAGUUUCAUAUUUCCAGAAUUUUUAAGGUAAUUACGGAAGCGUAUUGCAUUAAAAAAAGUAAAAAAAAAAAACGUUAUCUGAUUGUAUGGGAUUCUCGCAGGAUUUUGAAUCUCGCUUAGUUAGGAGAGAAAAAAAAAAAUCCAAAAACAGAUUUUUUUUCUCUCGAAAAAACAGGAAGACAAAAAAAAAAAAGUACAAAAAUCAGAAGGAAAAAAAUUGUAGAAAAAACAGAGACAAAAAAAAAUUAGCUCGAAAAACAGAAGAAUUUUUUUUUCCAAAAAAAAGAGAGACAAAAAAUGGUACGAAAAACAAAAGAAAAAAAUUGUCGAAAAAACAGAAAAACAUAAAAAGUACAAAAAACAGAAGAAAAAAAUGUUGAAAAAAAACAGAAAGAAAAAAAAUUAGUCAGAAAAACAAACAAAAAAAUUACUGAAAGAAAAAGUCUUUUUGUAAGUGAAUGUAAUACGCUUCUGUAGGUAAUACUUCAACAUUAAUAAAAUUAAAAAUGAGCUAAAAAAAAGUUGUCAAAAAAAAAGAGAAAAUAGAGUCAAAAAUUUACAAGGAAAAGGUCAAAACAAAACAAGGUGACAUUGUACAUUUAUCUAUAAAAGUUACACAUGAAAUAGAGUGUGAUAAUAUAAAUAAAGUCACUACAUUAUAAAAACAACUUAUUUAUGAACUCAAGUUAUUUGUUUAUGACAAUGAAGUCUUCAUAGUACAAGAAUAAAAUAAAAUUAAUAUUAAUUUAAAAGAAAAAAGUCUUGAUCUGAAAAAGUAAUGCUGUGAAGUUAUAAAUGAACAAAUGAAAGUCAUAAAAGUAAAAAAUAAGGGAAAAGUUAUUCAUGUAAAUGUCUGCACAUUUUAAAUCUGCCUCAAUUCAUCGUGUUUUUCAAAGGCAGAGUGAGGCAUGCUGGGAGUUUUAAGUGAUCGGUGAUAAACUUAAGAGUGAAUGCAGACUGUGGAGUGACCUGCUGAAAGGUCACAAGAGUCAGAGUCUUCCUCUGACAAUGAGAGAGAGAGGGAGAACCUGUGUUGAAGUAUCCAGGAGGUCAGGAGGCCCAGAGGGUGGAUUUUUUAGGUGAAUUCAAUGUGCUCUGGAGGACCGCAGAGUCAGUGCUCCAUUGAGGGUCCUCAAAGUUUCAUUUAGAGGCCUUUGACACUUUAGAAAUAGUGUUUUUGUUUUUGUUUCAUGAGAAGUUUUCCAGAGAGUACGAGUUCUGAACCCGAGCGCUGUUCUUGACCGCUGAGUUGGAGUAAAUGUUCUGAACCUCUCCUGAGUUACAGCAGGUUCUCUUCCCCCCUCAAGGCACCUGCAUGUCGUCACCAGUUGAGCUUCAUUUUUGCUUUGACAGCUGAAUGUGUGUCUCAUUUUUGCUAACGCUGAGGCCCUCUGUGUCCUGAAGCAACUUCAGCCCAGCAGCUGUAGGUACAGGGAGGGAGAGGAGUACAGUGUUCUUCACCACAUCCAGAACGGCUCAUACGGGGACGUCUUCUGUGUUCGAGACAAAAGGACAGGAUUCAAAUGUGCUGCCAAGAGGGUAAGCCAAGAAAAACUGAGUCAUACUUUCUCUUGUAGCCUGUCGCCUCCUGAACCCUGACGUGACGUUUGAGUCAGACAUUUCUGCUCUUUGUUGUUGUCCGCUGAUCUCAGAUCCCCCUGAGUCACUUCAGCAGCGAGGAGGCGAGCACAUGGAGCGCUCUGAACUCUCCUCGUGUGGUCGAGCUGUUUGGAGCUGUGAGGGAAGGCCUCAACAUCCUGCUCUUCAUGGACUUAAAGCCGGGUAAACUUUCCUGGACAUCAACACAAACACUGUCGUAUAAGGUUUAAAUGCACAUUUUAAAGUGCAACAACAAAUAACAGGUUUAUCGUUUUCAGCAUGUUUGGCUCAGCUCCUGAAAGAGAUGGAUUCACUACCUGAGGAUUUGGCCCUGCACUACCUGCAUCAGACACUGGGGGCGCUAGAGCACCUGCACCACAAGAGGGUUCUUCACCUGGAUGUCAAAGGUGUGUCUCACUCCUCAGCUCUUAUUUUUUCAUGUUCAAGAAAGUAUAAAUGUAAAUAAAGGGAAAAAAAAUAAUAGAAAUAAUAAUAAUUAUUGUUAUAAUAGUAAUUAUAAUAAUAUAAAGGAAAAUAUAAAUGUAAAUAAAUAAAGGAAAAAAUAAAAUAAUAAUACAAAUAAUAAUAAUAAUAAUAAUAAUAAUAAUAAUAACAGUCAUACAAAGGAAUGUAGAAAAUGUAAAUAAAUUAAGGAAAAAAUAAUAACUAUAUAAAAGAAAAUAUAAAUGUAAAUAAAUAAAGGAAAAAAUAUAAUAAUAAUACAAAUAAUAAUAAUAAUAAUAAUAAUAAUAACAGUCAUACAAAGGACUGUAGAAAAUGUAAAUAAAUUAAGGAAAAAAUAAUAACUAUAUAAAAGAAAAUAUAAAUGUAAAUAAAUAAAGGAAAAAAUAAUAUAAUAAUACAAAUAAUAAUACAAAUAAUAAUAAUAAUAAUAAUAAUAAUAAUAAUAAUAAUAACAGUCAUACAAAGGAAAAUAGAAAAUGUAAAUAAAUUAAGGAAAAAAAAUCAUAUAAAAGAAAAUAUAAAUGUAAAUAAAUAAAGGAAAAAUAAAUGAACAAUAAUAAUAAUAAUAAUAAUAAUAAUAAUAAUAAUAAUAAUAAUAAUAUUUCAAAUAAUAAAUAAACAAAUUGGUUUAAUAAUUAGAUUUAAAAAAAUAAAAUUAAAAAUUACAGCAAAAAUACAUACAGCAACGGCCAAGACAGUGACAAUAGAAAAGCACAGCUACUCCUGCAGAUGUGCUACAAUCGACAACCACCACCACACCAUUGACAGUACUCAUCCUGUUAUCUGUGAGAAGUUAUCCAGAUAUAUUUUAAAAUCAUUCCUGCAUUUGUCAAAAAGAUGGGGUUUCUUUUUCAUAUUGAACAUAAUUUUUUCAGAGGCCAUGUAUGACGCAACUUUCUUAAGCCACAUUGAAGCAGUAGGUGGGUUUUCACUUUUCUACAAUACAGCGAUGAAUUUAUUUCCAGCAAUUAGGAAUAGACUAAUAAAACAUGUUUUCCUUAUCGUAUCAGUGGGUCAGACAGACCACCUGAACUCUUUAAACCCUUUGGUUCUUUGUUUUAGUUUGGUAGCAUCAUAAGUUUUCUUUUUAAUCGUAUGUCUUUAGGGCUUUUAUUCUUCAGUGUUUUUGCUUCUACUGGAUAUUUCAAAGUAAAAAAAGACUCAUGUUUUUUUAAACAGUCAUAAUUUAUUAGCCCCCCUGCUGGUUUGCAUCCAUUCGGGUUUAGAUUUGACUUGUUAAGUUUGUGAGACCCCACAGUGCCCGCUCUGCCUGCUGUGAUAGUGGAUUUGAUAUAAUCAGGGAGGCUUGGUGGGUGGGAGGGAGCCCAGUGAACCCUGUAGCUGCUGGUUGUACUGUCAGAUACUAUACUCAAUGUUUGGCCCUAAUCCUAAACUGACGUGUCACCCCUGAGACCUCUGUAAUCCCCGCUGAGAGGAUUGAGCAGGAGGGGGGUUCAUUCAAAUUAGGCCUCUUCUUCAUUUGCCUCUGAGCUCCCAUCAGCCAACAGGCAUCAAGCUGACCUGUCUCAUCGUAUCACGUCCUAUGAUGAGAGUGUUUGUUUUCUUUUGGAGGAUUUUUACCUCAUGCCACCUGCAGGCGGCUGCUCAGAGGCUGCUGAGGCUUCACCCCCCCGUGGACACAUCAGUCCCACAGCCUGUGACAGCCCCCUGAGUUCUCACUCUCCUGUCUCAUCAUGAACAGCGAAUGAAAACAAGCUGUCUGAGCGAAUCCUGUGUGUUGAUUUAAUUCCAGUUGACAAUGUGCUGCUGUCUGCGGACUGCAGGGACACAUUCCUCUGUGACUUUGGUCUCUCAGAGACUUUAGAUGACAAUGGAUGGAGUACCAAGGCAUUCAGGGGUGAGUAAAUACUGAACGGUCAGCAUAAAAUCCUGCCAAAGUUUAUUCCUCAGAUACACGGCCUGAGAAGAGUCUAAUCUAUGUGAAAAUGAUGCAUUAGACACUAAUGGAGAGGUAAGGACAGUGAGAUAAUGUACUGUUGUCUGUAAAGGAGCCGCCUUCCCAGGCACUGAGACCCACAUGGCCCCUGAAGUGGCACGAGGGGACCGCCUUUGUGCCAAGGCGGACGUGUGGAGCAGCUGUUGCAUGUUACUGCACAUGCUCAAUGGAUGCCAACCAUGGAUACGCUACUACUCCCAUCCCCUGUGUCUGCAGGUGAGAGCACACUUGACUGUUAUUGUAAAGUUCUUGAUGCAGUCUUGUACCCACACCUGCUGUCUUCUGGUUACAGAUUGUCAACGAGCCUCCUCCUCUGUGGGAGGUACCGUCCAACUGUAACAACUUCACAGCCAAAGUGUUCAGAUCAGGACUUCAGAAAGAUCCCGACAGACGGGCAACAGCGAAGGAGCUCAGGAGGAAAACCACCAAGGCCCUCAGAGCAGGUGACCGGCUACCUACAAACUCGCUUAUGACCUCACUUUCUCACCGACUUACCUACCGUUUAACCCUCUACAAAUCUGUCUGCCUACCUGCUUAUGUACCAGUCCACUCACUGUCUUACACACCAAUCAUCUGACCUCUGGCCUUUAGACCAACUCACUGACCUUUUUACUGACAGAUAAAUGGCUGACCUACCUACUUCAUUCUGUACCUAACUACCCAGCAAGUUUCCCGUACUACAUACUUUCAGAUUGGUAAUGGUAAAUCCUACCUACCUAAUGACCAUCAGUCCAGCUUCCUUACCACCUUGCCUGCUCACCUACAUUCCUUGUCACCUGCCUCUUGACCUACCUAACUGCUUAUUACUUACCUUCCAACUGGAUGCCCUACCAGUCAACCUAACUAUCCUGUUUCCAACCUAUUUUUCAACCCACUCACCAAAGAGAACUGACUGACCUACCUACCUACUGACCAACCCAUUCCCCACCUACCUUUGUACUUGUACACCUACCUUUCUAGCUGGUUAGCCUACCAACAAACCUAAUUAAUCUUUUAUUUUACUUACCGACCUGCUUACUCACCUCACAGACAGCCAACUGACCUGCUUACCAACCUGCCUACCUUUCCAUGGUACCUACUUACCUACCUACCUUUAAACUUCCCUUCCUAAACCAUCUUCCUACCUACCUUUCUCCUCAACUGAUGGCCUCACUGCUGGGCCCAACUAUCAUGACACCAUGACAUGAUCUUAUGCUACCUGAUCUUUAUCCUACUUCUCUACCUGAUCACACACUGACAACCAACUGACCUACUUACCUGCCCACCUACCUUUCAAAUUGUAUUCCUUAUCACCCAACUGACUUACCUACCUAUAACUUUUUAUCAGUUUACUAUUUCUCUAUCUACAAACCUAUCUACUGACUUUACGGCUCUACCUUCCUACCCUCUUGACUACCUUCCUAACUACCUACCUUACCCCUUUGUUUUGCCUCUUUAAAACAAAAAAGGACCCAGGAUUGUUCCCUGAGGAACUCCAAGUCUUGUUUUCCCAAAUCUUUACCAAGAAAUAGGUCCGUAUUGAUUACUAGUUGCUUGGAGACCAAGUACCUGAGUGUGUUGGUUGAGUUAUCUUCAUUUGAAUUGACCUCUAAAUUGAGUAUUUGCUCCACAGUUGGAGGUCUGAGUCCCUGGUCUAUCAGAGAUGCCUGUGAGAAGCUGUAUCAUGACACCCAAAAUGAAGACACUCCCUGCUCUUUGUCACCCGGGACACCCACCGAUCCAGUGAAACCACCAGCUACAGCGAUGUACUGGGUGAGCCCCUGGAGGACCACAGCAGUGGAAGAGGACAUCAACGACAGGAAGGAUGGUGACUCAGACCAAGACUUUGAUCUAGAGACAGAUUCCUUAACGAGAGAGUGGGACUCUCAGCCGAAAACACUGCAGGAUAAUUACACUGCUAAUGAGGAGGACUGGGACUCCUGCUCUGAUUCAGAGGUGGACAUUUACAUGGGAGAGGAGGAAUACCUUCAGGAGAAGUGGCUGAAGAAUGACAGGGACUAUGAGGGGGAUUGGGAGGAGGAAGGAGAUGAAGAGGAGCAGGUAGAGGAGGAAGAUGAAGACUGGGACUCUUCCAUAUCUACAGAGUAUCUCCGUGCUCUCAAGGGCCUUUUCCCUUUGCUGCAAAAAGGCCAACAGGUGCAUGAGAAUUCAUGGGGUUCAGAGCCAGAGCUGGAAUACCUCAGAGAUGGUGAGUCCUGCCUAAACCCUCAACAAACGCAGGCCAGUGUAGGGUAUGCAGAGAGUUAAAUUUGACAAAUAGGAAAAUGGAGGAAGAGUAUUCCUCAUUAAUUAACUGUCACCAUAAAUCAAGAGUUGUUUUAGGAAUGGGAAUGCCUAAUCGAGAAGCAUUCUCACAAUACAAUACCCUCUUGAUAUACUGAGGCUGAAGGAAUUACCGGACAGUCCGGUCAUUCCACCUGUCGUCACUGAGCGCCUUUAAGCCAUUCUGGAUUAGAAAUAACUGUGCGUCUGUUAGACAUGACACCAAAACUACAGUAGCUUUAUUCAGCAAAUCCUUGCCACUUGACUGCGCCUAAACAUUUAUAAUGCAGUCAGUAAACUAUGUCAACAGCCCUGUCAUUGCUGUCAGCUACCGUCAUGAGAUCAUGACUGAAAGACUGAGAUUGCAUUUGCAGGACUCAGUCUUGGAGGAGGGGGGUUAGGGUGUUAGACAUCUGGAGGAAGCUUGGGAGUACAGUAUCUGAGGGUGUGGUGGUUGACUCAUCUGAUAAGGAUGCAUCCAGAGUGCCUCUCUGUGGAAGUUUUCUGGGUAUAUCCAACCAGGUCUUAUUUAAAAAACAGCAUAUUUUUCCAUUAAGGAAGGGUUUUACAUAAGAAAUGUUCCUGGUUGUCAUAAAAACAUUAAACAGUAUCACUUGAAUUGUGUCUCACUGGAAUUUAAAGUAUAUUGAUAAAUGUCAUUUCUCACUAGAUGUACCCAAAGGCACCAUGAUCCAGACCCCGUCCCCUGAACCUCGAGACGACCCUCCGUCCUGUUUCAGCUGCUCGGAAACAUCUCAGAUAGAUGCCUCAGACAAAGUGUGUAUCGAUAAAUGCGUGUGUUUGUUUAUGUCAUUAAAAAGCGUGUGUAAAUAGAGGAAAAGAUGAAUAAAUCGCCCUCUUUAUUUGAAGGACUCGGAGCACUCGUCUGAUGACCUGAGCUCUGGAGUUUUCUCCUCCUGUAACAGUCAGACAGACGGACACUUGGAGUGGUUGGCCUCAGCUCAUCAGCCCUCCUCACACUGUUUUGAUGGUAAGAAGACAGGCUCAUGUGUGUUAAUAUGACGCACUUCUGCUGUUUCUAUGAAUAACACUCUGAUUCUUCAGGUGUUGACAUCUGGAUUGAAAACGUUCAGGGAGAGUGUUUGAGGAUUCGUGAACGCCGGCAUGUCAAAGUGGGACAUGUUGCUAUAGGAAUCAGUGAUCAGGUGAGGCACUUGGCGAACACGCGGCGCCGGCUUGAGUUGCGGUUGCAUCAACUUCAAGUUUGUUAUUUAAUCUGUCUGCAGAGUUGGCAGACAAUGAUGAUAUUAAGUGUGAUAACCAGAGCUUGACAUUAGCACUUUUUGCUCACCAGCCACUGUUGCCAGGAGUUUUCUAAAGUUCCCACGAAGCACUUUUACUAGACAGAACCUCUGCGGUCGUCACAGAAAACCUCUCUUCCUCCUCCUCUUAUAUUACCUGUGGUGUGCCCCAAGGUUUGAUUUUAGGUCCCCUUUUUUUCUCUUGGUAACAUCGUUCAGUGUCUGUUUUCAUUUUUUCAUUGUAAGCAGACGACAAACAGAUUUACCUGCUGCUAAGACCUGCAGACAAAACAGGCCAAGCUGUUGUUUUUGACUGUCCGAAGGAUAUUAAAUGUUGGAUGAUGCAAAGUUUACUACAGUUUAGUGACUUUAAAUUAAGAAAUCAUGCUCUUUAAUUGUCCCAGCUCACACAUUCCUCCAAUUGAAUGCUUUCUAAAGACAAAAACCAGUCACUCAAAGACCACUUUUUAAGCACGCAGAAAAGUGUUGAGAUUUCAAACCAGCCCUCUAGGAAUCAAACUGAAUUAUCUUACCCAUCUUUCAGGUCUCAGGUAAAGCAUUCACCUUGGAGACCCUGGACAGGAAGACGGUGUCCUUUGAGGAGGAAAUCACAGAGUCGUGCUUGUGGCUGCGCUGUGUUCCUGCUCCGGACAGAUGUCAGCGCUGGAGGUGGAGGGUCAGAGACGGCCGUCUGGAGCUUCGGGAGUGACAAAGACUCUUUCAG